CUUUAACAUAUACUACCACCAUUUUACAAGCAAAUACUCUGUUUUAUCCCAUGGAAUUUCCAAAAACCAUUGCUUUGUUUCUUUUCUUUUAUAAUUAUUUGAUAGGAAUUAUAGCGGUUCCAGUACAGCGGCCUUUUGUUGAACAGGUGGAUCUUAGUGCUGAUAAUCGGCUCGCAAGGGUUAAUUCAAAUUGUGGGUGGUGCGAGUCAAGGGGUGGACGAUGUGUUAUGAUGGACACCAAUUUUGGUGAAAAUAUAUUCUUUUGUGACUAUUUCCCUGCACCGCCUCGCGAUGAUAAAUCCGAGUUUCCGAAAGGCGCAAAGUAUGCCAUAGUUGUGGGAGUUGGGGCACCGAUAAUGUUACUCCUGAUCGUGCUUCUAUGUUGGAUAACAUCUAGCAGGAGGAGAGCCCAACCAGUACUAGAACUAAGCGCUACUGUGGCACCACAACCCAUUGCAUUGGUGGGCCUAGAUGGACCCACGAUAGAAUCCUAUCCCAAAACUACAUUGGGAGAGAGCCGACGUUUGCCCGAGCCCGAUGAUAAAAUUUGCCCAAUAUGUUUGGCUGAGUAUCAGUCCAACGAGACCUUAAGGACCAUUCUUGAAUGUCAACACUCUUUCCAUACAGAUUGCAUAGAUGAAUGGCUUCCAUUAAAUGCUUCUUGUCCAGUUUGCCGCAAAUCCCCCGGGCCCAAUCCAUUAUCCCUUAGUGAAGCUCCUUAAUCAAGUCUCAUUUGAGUGUUAUACUUCAUCUCGUAAUUUACUGAAUGACUACACGAAAUUAACCUUAGUUUAGUGAAUUGAAGUUGGUCUUGUAUAAUGGGGACUCUCAGUUAUUGGGCACUAUAUAUGUACAAUGAGGUGCUCCCUAC